UUGCAGUCGGUACAUCCUGCAUCUACACAGAAUGUCUCUUUCGCACAUGAUCUAUUGUUUUUCAAGCAGACAUUUAUCGGUGGACUUAUUAUUGUUACAUCAUCGCUUGUAUUUAAUUUGGGCCAAAUUUAUUUGGAACACAAAUGGGCUUUAUUUGCAGUCACCACGGUUGCUUGGAUGACAGUGCAUGUCUUGGACGGCUUUGUGGUAAUUAUAUUCAAUCGACAUUGUCUUUUGAAAUCUGGCAGUGCUUCACAGAUAUCAAAUCAGUUUCCAAGAUCAGAUCAUCGUACUAGAAACGUGUCAACUUUUACUGCUGCAUCAAAAAUAAUCAAUAUAAUUAAUGGCAGUGCUCAAAGAAGAAUCAGCUUGAAAUUACUGCUGCGAUUAGCGAUUACUGCAGUACUAAUAUUAAUAAAAUAUGCUGAUAAUGGUUGA